AUGUCUUCGCCUGUACUAGUUGGGGUCAAUGGACAUUCCCGUGCCCUCGUAGACGCGGAGGGCUUGGAUCCCGUCGAGAAGCUGAAGAGAGAACUCGAACGCGAGAGAGAGGAGAAAGAGAACCUUGCUGCACAGUAUCGUAAUCUCCUAGCCAAACUCACGACGAUGCGUACCAGCCUAGGCAAUAAGCUUCAACAGGAUGCUGAAGAACUCGAUAGGAGGGAACAACUUGUUCAGCAUCUUACGGCUCAGAAUGAGGAUCUGGUUUCCACAGUCGAGACUUUGAAAGCCGAGCUCAUCGCAUCUCAUGAAGAAGCAGAACGCAACUCAAAGGAGCUAGAUACAAUUCGAAGUCAGGUUCUGAACGAGAAUGCACAGGAAAGUCUUCUACGCGAACGUGAGCUUCGGGAGACUGUGAGUGAGCUUGAACGGUGUCGCCUUGAGCGUGGCGAAUGGGAGCGCGCCUCAAUGCAGGAGAAGAUGUUGGGUGAUGAAGCAAGAUUGAACCUGGAGACAUUGAGGCGUGAUCUGGAGAUGGAACGCGAAGUUCGAGUUCGAGAGUCAGUUGAGUUGGUCGCAGCACGGGAGACUGCGACUAACUUACAGUCAGUGCUAGAGGAUUUCUCAGCGUCCAAGGAACACGAACUUUCACAAGCUGUGAAGGACUACAGAUCUCAGCUCGAUGAUGUCACCAUACAGGCCAAACUCGAUGAACUGAAAAUCAAUGCCUCGCGGACACAAGAACUAGAACAGGACGUCAAGGAGAAGAAUCUAUUAAUCGGGAAGCUACGACACGAAGCCGUAAUCAUCAACGAACAUCUGAUGGAAGCCCUCCGUAGACUUCGGCGCAACUCAUCCGAAACGAAUGUAGAUCGGCGACUAGUGAACAACGUUCUUCUAUCGUUCCUUUCCACUCCACGUGCCGAUGCAAAGCGCUUCGAAAUGCUCACGCUUCUUGCGUCUGUUCUAUCAUGGACGGACGCAGAACGUGAGAAGGCAGGCCUCCAGCGUUCCUCGAUAACAGCUUCAUCUGGCAAUUCAUUCUGGGGACGUCCUUCAAAUAUCGGGUCACCAAGUCAAAAGGCAGUCGAUUUGGAAAAGACAGAUGAGACUGAGUCUUUUUCCCGGCUCUGGGUUGAAUAUUUGCUCACCGAAGCAAACCAGGGCGAAACGCCCACAAGACCAACACGCUCGAACGUCUCGGUCCCAAACAGUCCUUUGCACUCACCAAAUAUUCUCUCCUCACCAACGGGGUUAAAGGGGACACGUCGCCUUGUAUCGUUCACUAGUGCCGCAGGCAUGGCAAGCUCACCAAGCUUGGCGCUGCCGCCGUCCCGGAAGGGUAAGGAAAAGGAGGUUGUACCGUGA